AGAGGAGAGCAGCCAAGAAAGGGGUGUGGCUCUGCAACAUUUUAGAAAUCCGCCUUACCUGUGCCUAUCCCACGAAGACGUUGUUAUCAGAGGAACCUUACGUGAAUUUUUAUGUCUCUGCAAAAUAUGAAGCUAUUUCAAGUCCUGAUAUACACAAUCAAGGGAUCAAAAGUGAAAUUGAUGAACUGAAUUCAUCUAUCCUUGCCCUAACACUAAUUUGACCUGGCCCACGGAUGAACACGCACUUUUUAUUUCAGUAUUAUCCUUGACUUGUGUUAUCAGGCCAUCUGUGGUUAAUCCAGUGGAAGGAUAAUGUUUUCAAAUUAGAGCCCCAGUAAACUAGCUCAGGGAUGCUAGCACACCCAUAGAUGCUUGGAAGUUGAAGGUAAACGUUUGUAUCCCAACCUGGACUUGAUGGCAGGCAUCAACGAUUCACUUGACGACAGUAUCAGAAACAACUUGCCUGCCUCAAGAGCUGAGUCACCGUGCCUGCCGGAUGUAAUCAGGGCUCAGUGGGAACCUGAAGACCAUGUUGCUGAGCUGAACUAUAUGUUACAAGGUGUUUCAGCAGAACAUGUGGAGAGACAGCUGGUUCAGUACGUAGAAAAGAAAAUUGAACCAGCUGGCUGGAAAGCUGUGUGGACUGUGCCAUCGAAUCGUCUGGAUUCUGUGUUGAAACUGAAGCAGGAGACUUGUGUAUAUGUGGAUGUAAUUGAUGUUAGUCAGGAGAAGCUCAUAGCUGAAGUGAAGAUACUGAUGCCUGUUGUUGGUAAUAUUCUGAAGGAGGAUUUGCAGGCGAUUGAAGAAGGAAAGAACAAGACGGUCCAGGUGCCAUUGAUAGAGCUGUCUGUGUUAGCAGAUCAAGAAAAUACAGCCUUAGAUAUGGUCAGCACUGCAGAAGUCAUUUGCCAGCUAAAAUUCUUUUAUGAACACAUAUGGAAACCCUGGGAUUUAGAGGAGGAAAAUAUCAAUUUUGACCAAUCCCUCAUUACUUCUCGCCUCAAGCUAUAUCAAGACAUACAAGCGGGUCGCAUCCCAACAGCUGUAGUGGCCGGUCUUAAAGCUAUUAUCAGGAAAGCUAAUCAUGCACUGAAGAAGAUCCAGCAUAUUGAAUCCAGAAAUGAAGAACAAGGUGCAGAUUUUGAGAUGGAUCAGAAAGAUGUUGCUGAGCUCUUCAAGCUGCACAAGCAACUGGAAAAAUUUAAAACACAGUUUGACAUGAUGAAAGAUCCUAUUUUAAGGGAGAUUUCAGUUUACCCAUCACAAGAAGAGGAAAUGGACACAAAAGGACCUCAUGCAAAAUUGAAGGUGGUGGCAAAUGCCCUUCCUGCUGUGCAAAUGAUGAACUACUUGACUAUGCUGCCUGAUCUAAUAGAAUCCUUACCUCAGGUUACUAAGGAAGAUCUCUGCCAGACACACUCCUCUCUUCAGACUGCUAUUAAUGAGGCACAGGAGGGAGAUGUGGUUAUAUUGCUUCCAGGACAGCACACACUAAGUCAGCUGGGAUACUUGUUUGCAAAAGGUGGAGCAUUACUUGGGCUUGGAAAAGGCAUAGUGGUGGAAGGCAACUGUAAGAACGGCGAUGUUUUAAUGGAUAUCACAGGAAACUUCCACAUUCAGAACAUCACCUUGAAGCCAGCCCCUGGGCAGAUUGGGAUUGUUCAGCAUAGUGGAUUAACAACUAUGGAGAAAGUUACAAUUACAGGUGGAAAAUGGGGUUUGCUUGGGCUAGGGAACACACAGUAUUGUGUUAACCAAGUAUGUGUCCAGAAUUGUUCUGCUGGGGGGAUGGACUUUAGAGAUGGUGCUGUUGCCAACAUCUCUGCCACAUCCAUCAAUAACUGUAAGACUGGUAUUCAGAUGGAAGGUGGAGCUAAGAUUUCAAUGUCAAAUACAAGAAUUGAGGGCUGCAAGAAAUAUGGAGUGUUGCAACUUUCAUCGGAAGAAACAAAAUCUUCAAAAUAUCAAGAUAUGUCUACAGAUGAAGUACUUGCAUGUUUGCUGGAUGAUGGUAAAGAAAAUACCUUUGAUCACAAUGGUGAAGAUAUUACAACUGUAUAUAUUGGCAGUUCAAGUUUUUCAAGAAGUAAAAGAGGCGACAGCGCUUUCUCAUUGCCAGUUUCUAUUAUCAAUGAGGAAGUGUUUGCAAAGUCUGACACUGACAGUAUGGAGCCAAAGAAUGCUUAAAGCUUAAUUUGGAAUGGAUUUUGUCAUUUUAUUUAGUCAUUUAGUGGAACUUGUAUUGGAACCAAUACAGAAUAUUAGUGAAUACCAUGUAAGUGAAAAGUAAAAUAUACAGUGAUAAUAUUU